CCAAUUUGAUUUCUCUCUCUAUAUAUAUGCUCCAAAUUGUUUAUCCUCGCCAAUAAACCAAGUCUUGUUUAUUUGAUCUGAUCUAUUUGGAGUUUGGCUGAACAAUUGAAUUUUUAUCUACAUUUACAGGCAAAAUAGUUAUUUCUUGGUCACUAAGCUUUCUGUAACAGAUUCAUGGAGUACAGUGCAUCAAUGAAGGGUUUACAGGCGCAUCCCCGUCUUAUGAGCAAGUGUGUUUCUUCUGGAAUUCCACGGCUCAGAAUUGGAGCGAGGCCAAAGCAUUCGACAAGUAUUAGGGCUUUUCAAUCUCAAAAUGCUUCCUUUUCUUCUUCAUCAUCAUCAUUGUAUGAUAUUCUCUGUAUCUCCCCUGACGUGAGUGCGCGUGAUAUAAAGAGCGCAUAUCGUCGGAUGGCUCUCAAAUAUCAUCCUGACGUCUGCCCUGCUGCAGAGAAGGAAGAGUGUAGCAGAUUGUUUCUUCAAGUUCAGGAGGCUUAUAAGACUCUGUCGGAUCCUCUGCUCCGCCAGGAUUACGAUUGGAGACUGCAGAACAUGUUCACGGUAGGCGAUUACGAAGGCGGAUUAGGGAGUAGUCAAGUGUGGGAAGCUCAACUGAUGGAGUUCAUUAGAAGGAGAUCAGAAAAUAAUACUUCGUCAUGGGGUAGCAGAAUGAGAAGACGAAAUCAAGAGGGGGCUUAUGCUUGCUGAUGAUUAAAUCGUGAUUACAGUGGAUUAUUUGCGAGUUUUUUGUAAAUGGAUUCUUAAAAAGGGGCAUUUGAGCGCCUCCUCGUUGUCUAAAUAUUAUAAAAAAAAUUUCUGUUUAUUUCAUU